UUCCCUGGCAUCGGCUUGGCCCUCAUCUCUGGAGCAUCUGAACCCGGGGCAGGAGGAAGGGGAGUUACUUCCGGAAUCUCGGGGAGCAGAGGCCGUAGGGACUGGACUGCUGAGAUUGCGGCCCCCUUUUACAGAGAGGAGGGCCCUUGCACCCUCUCCCUGCGCCGGCAGAGCCACCUUCUUCCAGGACGGCAGCAUCUCCCGAGUCUCGUUGGGGCCCCUGGGGCCCUGGAGUUUGUGAGGAGAGGGAAGUUCUGCAGCUCCCCCCAGUGGACCAAUUCCCUUUAGACUUAUGGGACCGGGAGUCUCCAGUGUAGACUGUUACAGCUAGAGGGGACCUUGGCGAUCACCUACUGAUGAGGAAACCGAGCCUCAGAGACUUCAGGGAUUUUGCCCACGGUCUCACAGCCAGUUGUUUCAGGCCCAGGACAAACACUUAAAAUUCCCAGUUCAGACAGCAUUCUCCAGAACUCAAGAGAAAUGCAUUCUCAUUCCGUCCCUCCUGAAAGCUUUGAUGAGUCAUGAUUUCUGCCUUGGGAGUUAGCCAGAUGUUUGUUUCCCCCUCUGUCUUGUUCCUCAUCAGACCUUCCUUUUUAGACUAAACUGGGGGAAUUUUUUGUUUGUUUGUUUGGUUUUGGUACAAAAUUGAUUUGUGUUGGUUUAAAUCUUCGUAUUUCUUCUCUCUCCUCUAAGUUUACUUACAGUGGUGCUGCGUGAAGCAGGUGCAACCUGCAAAAGUUUGCACAAAAAGGAUCUGCCACAAUGAAAGUUGUUCUGGGAAAGUUUGAAGUGAUUUAGAGACAAGAGAGUGUGAUGUCAUAUGCUAUUUUGUGCAACCGACAACAAGCUUAAGUUUAAGGACCAUCAUUAAACUUACUACAGUUUUCAUAUAUUUUCACUAAUUGUGCAGCCAGACUAGCUCUCACACUAUCUUUGAAAGGAAGAUGGAGGGACAUUUCUUUCCCAGUUAUUUCUAAAAACACCUUUCCUUAUUGAUAGUUGGUUAACUUCUCUCCUUUCUUGCUCAGAGGAAUCAGUAAUCCUUGAGUAUGAGUAGUUAACUGCUGCUAUAACUUCCUCUCUCCUUAGUUCACAUUAGGCCAAUUUGGGGAGAGCAUCUUUUCUCUGAUCCCCAUAUUACACCCAAGUUACUUAAUAGUAAUCAGGCUAUCAGAGACUGAAUACCUGUGAUCAUUAUUCCAAAUAGGAAAGGCAACUUUUGUGGAGGGGGAGGACUCCAGGAUCUCCCAGAUGGGUGAAAUUCCUACUAGGCCAAAAUAGGGUGGGGGAAGUUAAAUAAUAUCUAAUAAUAUCAGCUCUGCCUUGAUUUACAUAGCAGAGAGUGGUCUCUCCAUGGUUUCAGAAGAGAGCUCAGUGUUCUCAGUCUUUUUUUCUUCGAGUGUUCUUUCCAGCUAGUAAAUUAAGCCUGAGGAUGUUCAUCCUUUCCCCUGUUGUUCCUCUUAUAUUGUAGUUAUUGAUCUUUGGAACUGGAAUGUUAAUUUGCAUUUCUUCCAGAUUAUAGGAGUACUUCAUGAAGGAGAUAAUUCAGAAAGUGGCAUCCCAUGCAUAUUCUCAUCUCUGGAGAAGUAAUUUCCUGUGUUUCUGUAAUUAUUUUCUGUAGAGGCUAUUAUAUUGUACAGAAGGUGGAAAUACAGAAUUUAACUCUUUAACUUUUCCCUAAGUUGGAUGGGUUCUUAGACUCAAUCUAUGAGACUGGGGGAAAAAGGCACAUACAAAAUCUGUGCAAUAAAAAUAUGUUACCAUUCUCAUUAAAGGAAAAUGAGAUAGAACAAAACUUUUAAAAUGACUUUAACACAUAGUUUGAUCAAAAGAUGCCCAAGUUCCAAGUUUUCCUAGUUUCCCACUUACUUUAGUCAGAGUUGACACAAGAACCCAAUUUUUUUUAUUGAGAUGAAAUAAAAUAUCUUUACAGAAAACACAUCUAUCUUAAGCUUGAUGAAUUUUCACAAACUGAGCACACCUGCGUAACUAGCAUCCAGAUCAGGAAACAGAACAUUACCAACACACCAGAAAUAUCCUUCAUACUCUAUUCCAGUUACCACCUUCACCUAAGGUGACCGCUGCCCUGACUUCUAACAGAUAUAUUAGUUUUUCCUGUUUUAAAAAUAUCUUAUGUGAAUGGAAUAAUUCAAUACACACUCUUGGGUCUGUCUGGCUUCUUUCGCUCCACACAACAAACUUUUAGUAGGUCAAAUAAUUUGGACUCCCCUUUAAAGAUGAUGGAAACAGUUUGGCUUGCAGAAAUGACUUGGUGAGGCAUUACUUAACAUGAUAGAAUUAAAGAAAAAUGCUAACGAAACAUAAAGCCACAUUUAUAUUCUAAUCGCAGUCUGGUUGGGGAGACCAAACAGACACAAGUGAAAUGUCUCACGUGACACCAGUGGAGGUAGAGUAUGCUGAGGAGCUCCUUCCACUGUGACAACCCAGAAUGUAUUUCCCUUUGGGAGGGCCAACAACCUUCACGAUGGGAAGGAAGGUGCCUGGUCUCAGUACUGAAGGAACUCUAUUCGUUUGGCAGCUUUUAGCCAGGAUUUUCAUUGUUUGCCAGUAUGCCAAGUUAAAGACAAGAAUAAAAUGCCUGCCUAGAAGAGUGGAAUAGAAUUUCUGUGCUCCUUUUUCCUAGUAGAGAAAGGAAUAGACUAGGAAACAAGGCAGUUGUCGUGAAGUUGCAUAAGCCACAGAACAUGGGAUUCAUGAUUAAAUGUUUGUACCUCACUUUCGUGUUUAUUCAGGCAAUAAAUGAUAAAUGUGGGUUAUAAUGACAUAUUUCACUUACACCAUAUUUUUCAGUAUAAAUGAUUAGUAUGGUAUGAAUAAUAUCAAUAGUAACAAAUGUAUGUGAAUAUAUAAAUAGUAUAAAAAUAUGUAUGUAUGAUAAAAAUAGUGUGAAAAACAUAAAUAUAUAGGUAUAGUAUAAAAUAAUCUGUGUACAUGUAAGGGCUAGGGAGAGGUCAAAGAUAAAUUAGAUAUAACCCCAAAACUCAAUGAAAUUAGAAUUUAGACAGGGAGAUGAAACAGGCAAAUAACUAUGAUGCGUUGUAGAAAGUUCUGAAUGUUAAUGGAGAGGUGUGUAGUGUAAAUGUUUAACAUUUAUUGGGUCCUUUUAUGUACUGAGCAGCAUGCUAAGCGUACAACACGCAUUUUCUCAUUUACUAUUCUGUUAUGUUGUGAACUGCACAAUAGCGUAAUUAUCCCCAUUUUAUAGAUCAGAGAUGUGGAGACUAAGAAAUGAUCAGGGAGGGCCUAAUGUGGGUAUUUGGGGUGGGCCUGGAGGAUAAAUCAGAUCUGACUUUGGGGAGAAGGAGGACAAAAGAAGGGGGGAGGGAAACAAAUGACCAUCAAGGUGUUAAAAUCCAAGGUAACGUGUAGAAUGAAUGGAACCAGGAUCCAGUCAUGUUCCACUUUGGGAACAAAAUCAGGGGGUUUAUCUGUAAAACUUGAAUCGUGAAGGCUGUAAGUAGCUGAGGACAGACUUGAGACAAAGCUAGCCAGUGGGGGCUCCUUGUCUGAUGUGAUCUCUUCAAGGCCCAGAACGUGAACGACUGCACAUUCUUUCAGACGCAGCCAGCCUUGCUGAACCGCAGUUGGGCAGAAAGGGUCACAGUGCAAGGUCAGACCCUGUUCUAGGCUCCUUGAUAAAGAGAUCAGACUUUGUGAAUACCAGAUAUUUCUGAAGUUGUGAACCGGAUCUAUGAAGUUUCGUUUCUAGACCUGCUGAAUACUUUACACAGAAAAUCAACUAGAUGCCAGGGCUAGGUAUGAAUUCUUGUUAUUCUUGUGUGUGAAGAAAUAGAUUAAUGUUUUCCCAACCUUUUCAGCAUGACCAAUAGAUUCCACUUCUGUCUGUAACUUGGCUGAGUCAUUCACGGGGGUUUAAAAAAAUUUCUUUAAUAAAUAUGUUGUCAUGUUGGUUAAGGGCCUAGUCAUUGUUGUGGACGUUCAUACUUCUGUGCUGAUGUCAGUGAACAUAAUUUAACUUGUAUAAAACUUCUGUCUACCAACAGCCAAAAAUAGUUACAUUGGUCACUUUUAAGCAAUAACUACACUGAAGGAAAAAAAUCAUCAGUUACAUGUGUGAUAGGUACACGUUAAUAUCCCUGAAUAUUUGGUUUAAGGAGUGGUAAAUUUUAUUUCUAGAAUCUUGCACAGGUACAUGUUUAUUACCUUUUUUUAAAGGAUUGUGAUUUUUAGCCUUGCAAACAGCUGUUCAUGUGGACCGAGUUGUUAGUUAUACAGACUAAAUGACAAAGAAUGCUCUUUUCAUUGGCUGUAUUUUACUACCUAUGUACCUCCUUGUGUAAGGAUUUCUUUUUUUUUUUUUUUAAGAAAACUCUCCAGCCAGUUAUUUUGCUUUUAUAUUUCUGAAGAAGAAGCCUUUGUGUAUCAAACCAUAGCCAUGUGGUGUUCACUCUUUGCAAUUCAGGUAAUUAAUUCAGCAAUGACAUCAUAGGGAAUGUGCUCAUUUUUCCAUUUCAAAUUCCUUUUCUUAGGAUCUGAUGGUUAACUCAUAUUAAGAACACAUUUUGAAAGACUCGGUUCUCACAGACAUUAUGUGUUAAUUUAAACUUUUCCUUCUUUAGCUGUGCAAGAAUAGGGGUUUUAUUCCAGGGAAGGUUGUCUACCCCUGCAACAAGAAAAAUCUAAAAUUAUCAGUCAUUUUGAUCCUGAUUCUGUUAGUUGGUUGAUCAAUUGUUACUUAUUGAGCACAAUUGAUCACUUGAUAUUUACUGAGAAGAAGGCACAGUGAAAGAUAGCAGUGGUAGGAAUGUGGCUUUGUAUUAUUUAAUCCUUGUUUUUUUAUAAAGCCAAAAAUGUUGAACUUUUAGAUCCUUUCCAUUCCUCAUUCCAGCUAUAUUUUGGUAUUCAUUUUUACUUUGACUAUUUAACUCUAUCUUUACCUGCAGCUGUCCUUUUUAAGUACUUGGGUAGGCAUGUAGUACAAAUGCUUUUAUAACAGUGGCUUUUAUGCUGUUUUGAUUGUGACUCACCCUAAAAUAUAUUUUAUACCUUACCCAGAAGACAAAAUAUGCAUAUGAAUAAGUAGAUAUAUAACCCACAAAUAAACUGAAAACAGAUACCUAACCAUCAAUCCAUUUGAUGCACUGGUAGCUUCUAUUUUAUUCUAGUGGUUCUAUUUCAUUAAAAAAUGCUCUCUCUAUUGAAUGAUUGAGUUCGUAAAGCAUCGGUGAAUUGCAUACUGCUUUGAGAAACACUGCUUUAGAAAGAGUACGUCGUUAAACAUAGAUCUAGGAACUUAUGGCAUAUUCAUAACCUGGACUGGGCCAAUGCAUGGAUCAAAGCAUGGUGCUUUCUGAACUUAUUCGUGUUUGUCUUAAAAAUCUUUCGGUCCCAAGUUCAUUCUCACAUUGUGUGAUUUCUUAUAGCUGACCAAGGAAAUCCCUACUUAGCUUCCUUGCCUUUGCUGUUUUCACUAGGACCGCAGUUCUCCAGACCUUUCUGUACUCAUUGAUGAGUUAAUGACUGAGGCAAAGUAAAUGAAACACUUCUAAGUAAUUACUACUAAAAGUAGUGACAUUUAGUAAACUAGGAGGAUAUGAGAGUUGUAUAGAUGCACUGAAUUGUGGAAAGUGGAUUCUAAGAGAGGUUAUUGAACAUUUAAUAUUGCCCUCCAGCAGUGUUUCCCUGAAGGUUCUGAAUUUCCUCCAGCAAUCUGCAGUGACUGUCGCUGUGUGGCCGGUCCUCAUUGCUGCUUCUGAUUUUUCAGGCUUAAAACCCACACCAUGGAUAACUUAUUGGACUUUGCCUGAAAGGAGUCAUUAGUGCCAUUGGAUAUUUGACCAUCCUGGCCACAGGUUUUUCAGAAUGAAUGGAAGGUCAUGCAGCAUGAGUCUCCACCGGACACUGGGAACCCCACAGGGGCCUGGGAUGAUCAGUGGCCAUCACAUUCCUCCCAUCCGAGCCCACUCGGGGACUCCUGGCCCCUCGCCCUGUGGCAGCACACCAAGCCCCGCUAUUGGAAGCCUUGCUAACAACCUCCAUCUCAAGAUGCCCUCUGGAGGAGGGCUGGCUGCUCAGAACGCCAUGGCUGAGAGCCCCAUCCAUCUGCCUGCCCUGAGCCCCAGGAGACAAGCGCUCACCAAUGGGAAGCCGCGAUUCCAGGUUACCCAGGCUGGAGGCAUGUCAGGGUCACACACUUUAAAGCCAAAGCAGCAGGAGUUUGGAAGCCCUUUUCUUCCUAAUCUCGGGAAAGGGGCUCUUGGCUUUGGGCCUCAGUGCAAGUCCAUUGGAAAAGGCAGCUGCAACAAUCUAGUGGUCACCAGCAGUCCCAUGAUGGUUCAGCGACUGGGACCCAUUUCACCUCCAGCAAGCCAGGUCUCUACAGCAUGCAACCAGAUCAGUCCUAGCUUACAGAGGGCAAUGAAUGCAGCCAACCUGAAUAUACCUCCUUCAGAUACCAGGUCCCUGAUUUCACGUGAGUCUUUGGCGUCCACGACUUUGAGUCUCACGGAAAGCCAGUCGGCCUUGAGUGUGAAGCAGGAGUGGUCUCACGGCUACAGGGCGCUCCCUUCGCUUUCCUCCAGCCACGGCUCUCAGAAUGGCAUCGAUCUAGGCGACCUCCUCAGCCUUCCUCCUGGGACCCCCGCGCCCAGCAACAGUGUCUCUAACUCAUUGCCACCCUACCUUUUUGGCAUGGAAAAUAGCCACUCUCCUUACGCUAGUCCUCGGCACUCCUCCGCCCGGUCCCACUCGGCCCGCUCUAAGAAGAGAGCCCUGUCCCUGUCCCCGCUGUCGGAUGGCAUCGGCAUAGACUUCAACACCAUCAUCCGCACGUCGCCCACCUCCCUGGUGGCCUACAUCAACGGGUCGAGGGCCUCCCCGGCCAACAUGUCCCCGCAGCCGGAGGUCUACGGGCACUUCCUGGGGGUGCGCGGCAGCUGCAUCCCGCAGCCGUGCCCGGUGCCCGGCGGCCAGAAGGGCGUGCUGGCGGUGGCCGGCGGCGGCGGCCUGGCCUACGGCGAGGCGGGCGCGCUGGAGUACGAGCGCAUGCAGCAGCUGGAGCACGGCGGCCUGCAGCCCGGCCUGGUCAACAACAUGGUGGUGCAGCACGGCCUGCCGGGCCCCGACGGCCAGCAGCAGCAGCAGCAGCAGCCCGCCGCCGGCCUGCUCAAGACCGAGCGCCUGGAGGACUUCCCGGGCGUUGCCCUGGACCUGGCCCCCGCGCCCGCGCUCCCGCCCCUGCCGCCGCCCCAGGGCCCCCCGCCGCCCUACCACGCGCACCCGCACCUCCACCACCCCGAGCUCGUGCCGCCGCCGCACGCCCAGCCGCUGGCCCUGCCGCAGGCCGCCCUGAACGACGACGGCGACGGGGAAGACGCCGGGGGCAAGCACUGCUGCCGCUGGAUAGACUGCAGCGCCCUGUACGACCAGCAGGAGGAACUGGUGCGGCACAUCGAGAAGGUCCACAUCGACCAGCGCAAAGGGGAAGACUUCACCUGCUUCUGGGCCGGGUGUCCGCGCAGGUACAAGCCCUUCAACGCCCGCUAUAAACUGCUCAUCCACAUGCGAGUCCACUCCGGCGAGAAGCCCAACAAGUGCACGUUUGAAGGUUGCAAGAAGGCCUUUUCAAGGCUUGAAAAUCUCAAGAUCCACCUGCGGAGCCACACUGGCGAGAAGCCGUAUUUGUGCCAGCAUCCGGGCUGUCAGAAGGCAUUCAGCAACUCCAGUGACCGUGCCAAACACCAGCGGACACAUCUGGACACUAAACCUUAUGCUUGUCAAAUUCCAGGAUGUACCAAACGCUACACAGACCCAAGUUCCCUAAGAAAGCAUGUGAAGGCACAUUCUUCCAAAGAUCAACAAGCAAGGAAAAAGUUGCGGUCCAGCACAGAGCUCCAUCCAGACCUGCUCACGGAUUGCCUCACUGUGCAGCCUCUGCAGCCGGCCACCUCCCCGAGAGACGCUGCUGCAGAGGGGACUGUGGGCUGCUCCCCUGGGCCCGGGCCUGACCUCUAUCCAGCUCCCCUUUUCUCCAGCAAUCAUUCAAGCCGAAGCGGAACAGCUGCUGGGGCCGUGCCGCCCCCUCAUCCUGUCAGUCACCCUUCUCCGGGACAUAAUGUACAGGGGAGCCCCCACCACCCCUCCUCCCAGUUACCUCCACUCGCAGCUGUGGACGCCGGAGCUGAGAGGUUUGCACCUCCUGCUCCAUCUCCUCACCACAUCAGCCCCCGCAGAGUGCCAGCUCCUUCUUCCAUACUGCAGAGGACACAGCCUCCCCACACGCAGCAGCCUCACCUGAAGUCCUACCACCCGGAAACAAACUCUUCUUUUCAACCAAACGGCAUCCACGUCCACGGAUUUUAUGGGCAGCUGCAGACGUUCUGUCCCCCACAUUACCCCGACUCCCAGAGAACCGUACCGCCUGGCAGCUCCUGCAGUGUGGUGCCUUCCUUCGAGGACUGCCUGGUCCCCACAUCCAUGGGCCAGGCUGGCUUUGAUGUUUUCCACAGAGCCUUCUCGACUCACUCCGGCAUUACAGUGUAUGACUUGCCUUCCGGUUCCUCAAGCCUCUUCGGGGAGUCUCUCCGCAGCGGUCCCGAAGACGCGGCAUUCUUGCAGCUCAGCGCUGUGGACCGCUGUCCCAGCCAGCUCUCCUCUGUCCACACAGAGGGCUAAAAGCUCCCCCGGCCCCUCCUGCGCAUCUAGAACCGUCUUGUUGCUUGCCGCCUUUUGUUCUCGUACCCUCACAGACUGCGCGAGGAAGGAUGUGAACCAGUCAGCAGAACCUGCGGGCUCACUGACGUGCCUUUGCAAGGCAGGCAGGACUGGACGGUCAGAGCUAGCUUUGCAGGAAGGUGUGCAGUUGCUCCCUUUUCUCUCCGGGCCUGCUGGACCCAGUGACCAGCAGGACUGUCUCCUCAAAGGGAAUUUCGAGUCUCUGUCUACUGGAUAGCUGUUACUUCCUGGCUGUCAACCCUCAGAGGACACCAGUGAAAUGAUGUGCGUGUGCAAAUGCAGUUUGGGGAUGGCCCUGGCCGAAUACUCCAAAUAGGGAAGGACAACCCAAUCGCCAGAGGCGCAGUGGGCUGCCCCACCCAACACCCGCCCUCACUGCCGGCCGGGGCAGGGCCGGACGCGCGAGGGAAAUCCGCGUCCAAAGCAUAGUGUGGUCUCAACUCCUGGAAACUCCCAGGAUUUCACUUUCCCCUUAGAUAGUCCCAUGCUAACCCAUCACUUCUCUGUUUCUCCAACAGCAAAAUAAGGUCUUAUAUUUUAGCAGCCUAUCUCUGUUUUUAAAGACUUGUUACGCAUCUACUUUAAAAGGAAAACAAAUAUUUAGGGGUCUGUUCUUUGGAUGGAAAUUAAUAUUAUUUUAAUCACCUCGGUUCCAUACGUUCUGCACAGCUGUAGCUCUGCCUGGCCCCACCCUGGAAUGUUGGUUUUGCAGUUAGCACAGGCUGCCUGAGGGAGACAGGGUGGGAACAGCCCUCGCGGCCAGUGCUGUAGCAGGAACCCUCCCGGGUGGACUGUUCAGCAACUCCACCACGAAGACCUUGCUUGAAGAAAAAGAUUGCUUGCCUGGUUUGCCCAUUGCCUCCACUCUGAUGCUCCGCCCAGAGAAAUGCCGGAAGAGGUGAGAACAGGGACAGGCUGAGCUGUGUGCCUGGGUUCUCUCGGAAAACCAAACAAAGGAUGCCUGAUGUCCAGUUACUUUGCAUGGUCUCUACUCCUUCAGGAUAUGCACUCAUCUGUCUAUCUGUCCCUUACACUUCUCCCCACCCUCCCUUUGUAUCUUUCUGACCCGAUCCUUGGCUGUGGGUCAGACGUGCCCGCCACCGCCGCCGUCUCACCGUCCACUCUUGGGAAGGUGGGCAGGAGAAGGCACCCCUUUUUCUAAAUCUCUAGUUUGAAUCUCUGGAAUUUUCACAGAGCACCUGGCCAUUCUGUAUCAACCCUAAAUAGAAAGUUAUUUUCCGUGACACCUUUACAAAGCUAUUGAAAAGAUCCCAAAUGCUAGGGCACAGGCUAGAAAAAAAUUGGCCAAACCCAAAGACCUGGUACAUUCUGGCAUUCUGGUAGUGUGACAUUUCAGAGUUUCUUUUAUCUCUUUCUAAAAAUGUUUUCGGGACAAAAGUGAAAGAUGCUGUUUGUCAAACUGAGAUCAUUACAGUCUUCGACAAGACAGUGAAACAGCGUGGUGUUGGACUUGGGGUCCAGUGACAGUUUGUAUCCUGACAUACAGGUCUUUCCGGUCUGGCUCCACAAUCAGGAGAGUUCUACCUGGCUCAGGAGUCCAUUCCAACAUGCGGUAGAAUGAGGUGAAUAAAGAACCAAGUGUGGGUUUCACUCUUACAGUGCACUUGGUCAGUCCAGAUUCUCUGACUAGUGGCCUCUGUGCUAAGUUACCGUGCAGACAUUGAAGUCUGCAAGAGAUGAGUUGUGUGCUUUACAACAGGGCAUGCACCAGGCUUCCCUUAUAAAUGAGCUCUCAGGCUGCAUGUAAAAUACCAUCCUUCUUGCAGACUUUGUGCCCCUUGGCCUAAGCCAGGACACAUGCAUACGUACACUGGCUUCGUCGGUAAUAUCCCUCAUACAUCCUCUGUCACACUCUAGAAAGAAAGGAAAAUUCUGGCAUCUUUAGAGAGACCAUUUAUCCCUUCUUAAAUAUGGAAGCCUUUGUGAGGAACUCAAAUACCCUUUGUUUGUGCAAUGAGAAAAAAGAUGAAAAGGCUAAGGUGUUAUUGCAGUUGAUGCUGUCAGCCCUGCCUGUGGCUGUAUAUAAUUUAAAGUAGAAAGGGGGAAGGAGGAUAAGACAAGAAGCUGAACCUCAGAAAUCGUGGACCAUCACCUCCCCCAUUUGGACUUAACAAGGCCUCUCCCAGUCACCCUGCCCCUUUCUUGCCUCACCUGGCCCAGAGGGAUUCAGGGAGGGGCCAGGCAGCAGACCUGCAGCGCCUCCCUCCUCAGCAGGAACUCAGAGGCCCAGCCCCUGAGGGACACUCAUGUUGUCCCAGGGAGCCUGCAGGAAGCAGUGCAGCCCCUCAAGUGCUUCUCCGCGUUCACUGAUGGCUGCAGGUUUGAGGUUAGGGCCUCAGGAUGUGACACAUUCAGGUUCCUUUUAAACAACACAGACUGUCCUUAGUUUCCAGAAUCUCUCCUGAUCUUAAAAUGUGUCCCUUGCUUACUUUUGAAGCAUUGCAAAAGAUUCGUAUAUGCUUUCCUCUUUUUUGUAGCAGUGUAUAAGUGGAAACUUCAAAAAACAAUUCCCUUCCAUUUCCUGGCCUUUUCAGUCUUGAUAUGUAACCAUUUUCAUAAACAUCCGAACAGAGAUUGUCAUUCCCCUUUUUAUAAAAAAAAAACAAAAAACUAGUGCUUGUGAAAACACACACAGCCCAAAGCCAAUUAUCCUAUUACAUUAGGAAAAAAAAAAUCAGUAUGCCUAGAGUCAUUUAAUUUGCUACAUGGUCUUAAUUCCCUAAAGGGACUGCAUCAAAAUGUCAGUUGUAAUUUAGCCUCUGAUCAGCUGUUAAAUAUUAUUUAAAUGUUGGCUGGUCCUGUGGGGUAUCUCCUUUUACCCGUGUCUCCCCCAAAUUACAUAAGUGAUUCUAAAAUGGAAAAAAAAAGUCUUUAGUAGAUCACAGCAUAGUUUCCACUGAUAACAGAGUGUUGGUUUUGUUCAGUUGCUUUUAAAUUACCAGCUGUCAAGCACACGAGGACACUAAUACCAGUUCUGAACAAGGAUAAAUUCAGCUCCCCAAUCUGAGAACCUUGACUUUCUAGUUGCCUUGAAGUAUUGGGAAUAGUGACUGUAAAUGUUCAGUUUAAUUAUUUGCUAUUUUAUUUGACUGUGUUGACCAUGGCAUUUUAUAGCAGCAUUUUUUAAUGGCACUUUUUGUUGGUGGUGUGGAAUUUUUGCGGUUACUUUUUUUUUUUUUUUUUUUUAAAAGGAAAAAAAAAAAAAAAAAAAAAAAAGCACUCAUCGGAGAAAUGGUGAGUGUAAAACAGAAGAGAUUUAUUUUGUACAGACAGCAAAGCAUCCUGUGUAAUGUUGCUGACAUAAAGCACUUUGGGGGGGAAAAGUGGAAAUCUGUUUUCCAUAAAUCACACAGACUCUUGUACAUAGUUAUAUACACUCACGUAGAGAAAUGAACUGCAUAUAUCAUACUGGAUAUGGGGCCAAUUUUACUCUAGAGGCACAUCUGGUGCUUAUUGUCAUAAAUCUUUUAAAGAAUUAGGUACACUUUUUUCUAUUAAUAUGUAUAGUUUUGUGAUUUGUCACAGUUAUGUUUCAUAUAAUCAUAAGUUAUUUUGUCUUGUUUCAUGAAGUCCUUUUUUUAUGUCAAAAGUAAAAUGAAGGGAUUGUGCACUUGGUACAGAAUAAAACUGGAAAUAGAGGCUACGCCCUCCUGCCUGGAAUCCUCCUUCAGCAUGUCGCUUUAAAAUGCAACGGCCACAACCGUUGUUUGUUUGUUUCAUUAUUUUGUUUUGUUUUGCCAUCAGCUUGCUACGUAUUGGGGAUGGUAAUUAUAAUUAAAAGCAGACUGGGGUGGGGGGGUGGGGGGAGGGAAUGUCCAAGGCCAGCUUUAAAAUGCCGCAUUGCUUUGGGCCAGAGCUGCAGCCUGGAUUUAAUUAUAGAUAUGAGGACGAAAUGGCAGUAAAAUGAAUGUCUCCCUGAAUCCUUUACAUGUUGGGAGUGUCCAUAAAUAAAACAUGAAGUUUUAUUUCAUCAGAUUUAA